AUGUCCUUAGUUCCUGGAAUGAGUCAUACGUCUACAAUUACACUUAGGGUUUCAAAAGCAAAAGAUGCUAAAGAAUUUAUUGUUGUAACUGUUGAUGGAAAUCUCCGAAAAAUCCCAAUUUUUACGUUUCUACCUAAGCCUCUAUGGAAUUUUCCUCAGAAACUUGACUUUGGUGUACUUGUUCAGGAAAACAAAGUGAUAACUAAAAUAUUAGUAGUAGAAAAUCAAGGUUCCCAAAGUGGGAAAUUCCGGAUUACGAAUAUAUCUGAUCUAUCUAUUGAUGUUAUGCCACGAUUCAGCGUAGUUCAACCUCACUCUCGUGUUAACUUAAAAGUAACUUUCAUACCAAAAGAUACUCGCGAAUUUUUUGAAAUCGUCAGAUUCGAUCUUGGGAAUAAUGAAACUUUCAACGUCGAAGUUACUGGUAAAGUGAUAAAACCGGAAUUUAAGAUCCUUCAGUACGCAAAUCGUGAUGAUCUUAAAGGUGAGGAUGGGAUACAACUUAGUCACUGGAACUUCGGCUAUGUCUACUACAAUACAGAUGUACGUUGCAGUUGGAAUCUGGUAAAUUACUCACCAAAAGAUACAUCGUUCGUUGCACGAUUUUACGACAAAAAUGAUUCUGAUUCAGAAAAUAAUAAUCCCAGCAGUGAAAGUUUACCAAAGUAUGAACAGAAUGAUUUACAGUUUAAACUAAGUGAUUACUUCAGCGUAAGUCCAGAUAAUGAGCAAUUAAAACCAUUCGAAAAACUACCAAUCUCUUUAUGUCUUUCACCUAGAUGGAAGAAAUCAAAGCAAGGUUUUGUCAGUUUAAAUGAAUCUCCGGCAAUAAAACCAUUUUCCAUUUGUCUUCGGAUACACAAAGUAGAUCUCAGUGCUUGUGAUCCUUUUAAUCAAGAGAAAUUAAUGAACUCUUCACAAUCUUCAGUUUUAAUGGAUAAUCAGAAUAAUUUAGAAAUUGUCCUAACAGGAUGUUUAAUACCAGUACAAUUCCAAAUAACACCAAUCAAGGAAUCAAUUAAUGUAGACAAUGAUAAUUUAACUAAAACAACCGGAUUAAAUACAACAAUUAAUAAUGAAAAUAUUAAAGUUGAUAAACUAUAUGAGAAUCAAUUUAUUAUACAAUUUCCUCAAUGUUUAGUUGGUUCAAAACAACACACUCAAUUAAAGUUAUCAAAUCAUAGUAAACAUUUACCAAUUCAGUUUCGAAUGCCUAGAAUUGCUCAUUUCAUUGUAAAACCAGAAAAAGGAGUAAUUGACCCACAAAAAGAUUGUCUAAUUACUGUUUUUUUCAGUCCAAAACAAAUUGGAGAAUUUCAUGCUGUUCAAAAUGUUCACAUUCUCAACUAUUUAACUGGUGUAAAUCCAGUUGUUAUAUAUCAGUGUAAACUCAUUUUUCAUGGUUAUUCACCGGCUUUAACAAUACCACCAGAAGUAAAAUUUAAUCCAGGGAUCAUUCCUAAAUGGGCAAAUGAAAUCGGAAGAAAUACAGAUCUUGUCACAUUUGGAUCAAACUAUGAAUGCCCAAGAGCUGCAAUUAUUAGUCUUAUGAGUAUGAAAAGUUUAAAAGGUCUUAAAUCUCAUGUAUCAAGAUCUGAACUAAAUACUACAAUGUCUACAAAAAUCGCUUUCCCAAAUGAUAGACUUGCCAGUAUUAGACCAGCAAAUAAACAUGAAGAAUUCAAAACUUUAUAUUGUCGUUUGACGAGAUAUACAUAUACGGAUCGAGAUUAUGAAUGGAAUGAAGAUGAAAUGAAUAGUAUAAAUGAGCGACAGUUAACCUAUACUGAUGUUUACCGUAGUCAUGCUCAAAUGAUUGAACAAGCUCAAAAAGAUCGUAUAUUAAUGAAAUGGAACAAACCACCAAAUAAUGGUUCAGUUUUAAUGGAACUGGAUAAAAUAUCACCGAAAUUAAAAAUUGAAAAUUAUGAGGAAUUUCAACCAAAUAGAAAACUGCAACCAAUUAAUCUACUGAAGAACAGAACAAGCGAUAAUAUAAAAGUGGACAAAAAGAAGAAGCCUGAAAGAGUUCAAUCAUUAAAAAUGGUAACCAAGAAAAAAGUUAAUGAUGAGUGUAAACGUAAACUUUCUGUUAGCGAUAUAAAUGAACUAUCUAUUUUUCCAAUAAAUAUUGAUUAUGGAAAUAUUUGCCCGAAUGUAGAAUCAACAAAAUUUAUUACAAUCAAAAAUCCAUUAAAUCAAUGUAUUUCAUUAAAAUUGGAUAUAAUACUUGAAGAAUUGAAACCAACUACAGUGAGGAAUUAUAUAAUUCAACCAAAAUCAAUCAUUGAAAUACCAAUUACAAUAAAAAUUACAAAAGUAUCUAACUUUCAAUGCAAUUUAGGUUUCUCAUUAAAUGAUCAACAUAAAAGUAACCUGGUUAUAUGUGCAACAGUUGUACCAAUUCAACUGGUUCUUGCACCAUCUACCGUUGAGCUAACUUCCGCUAAUCUGUCAUAUGGUUUAAUUAGAACAAGUGGUAUGUGUGGAUAUGCUACAUUGUAUAAUCCGUUACAUGCUUCCGCAAGAUUUUGUUGGCAAACAUUAGGUGAUCAAAAUCCUUUUACAAUAUGCCCAAAAAAAGGUGUAGUAGAACCAUUUUCUUCAUUAAAUUGUGAAAUUGUCUAUUAUCCAAAUAUUAACACGACAAUGGAGGGUAAAUUUCAUUUAAAUCUACUAGAUGUCAAUGAAAACCAAUCUAAUACAUUGUCGACAACAAUAAAUAAAUUUGAUAAUAAUCACAAAAUAUUGGAAUUAUCAUGUAUUGCAAAAUUAUUACCUAGUAAAUUAUCAUUUUCUACACGUCGACUACCACUUGGAUCAGUUGCUCAUGGUCUACCUUGUACACGUCAGAUAACUAUAUUUAAUUUAGGACAAAAUCCUAUUCUAUUUUAUAUUAACCAAGAAUUUAAAAGUGCUGUAAAUCAUAACGAUAGUAUUCCAUCUUAUAUGCAUAGACUAUCAAGAGCUUUACCAGCAAGAGUUGAAAUUCAUGUCAGUCCAGUAGAAGGGGAAAUACCAGUUGGUGGUGAGACUAAUUUAAAGGUCACCUGUAUACCGAUUGGAUUAGGCAAAUUUGAAUCGUCUGUGACAUUAAGUACAUAUGAUGGUCAGGAUUUUAGUUUAUCCGUAUGUGGAACUGUACUUAGACCACAAAUUCAGUUAGCUCCAAACACUUUCGAAUUUGGUGGUGUCAGAAUCGGUUCAAUGAAAUCUCUUCCAUUUGAGAUUAUCAACAAUGGUAUUACACGUGUAUUAGUAGAAAUACAAUUAAAGAAUUUUGAUGAAUUUCAUAUAUCUGAUAAUAUAAAUUCAUCUUCAUUAGAUGAAUAUAUGAAUGAACAAUUUUAUACUACUGAUAGAAGUCAUUCAAUUAAUAAUAAAUUAACUUAUUCUUCAUAUUCUGAAGAAUUCGAUAAUACAUCUAUAAAUACUAUGAAAGUUCCUCAUUCUAUCAGUUAUUUAGAGUGUGAUAAAUUAAAUUGUCUUUAUCAUAUUUAUAUACCACCUCAAAGUAAAUGGAUUGGUUAUCUAAUCUAUAAGCCUAAAGAUGUCUCAUUUCAUGAUUUUGUACUUCCAUUACUUAUAAAUAAACUUAAUCCAAAACUUUUAAGUCAAAAAUCUGAUGAUACCAAUAAUAUUAAUGUUAAUACUGAAGAAGAAACAAUAAUUGAUGGUGAAACUGAUUUAAAAAUAUCUAUUCAAGAUUAUGAACCUAGAGUGAUAGCUACAGCAUUAAGACAACCUAUUGUCAUUGAACCUCAAAAUGGUAUACUGAAAUUUAUUACUACAUUAGAUGAUAAAGUUUCAGACUCAACAAAUGUUUUAUAUCAGCAUCUUUGUAUAAAGUCACUAACCAAUUUACCAAUGAAAUGGCAUUUAGCCAUACAUAAAAUUCAACGUUUCAAUAAACGUGCCCAUGGAAAAUUGACCAUAUUCAAUGCUCAAGGCAUAGAAAUAAUGCCUGAUUUAGAUGGUUACAUUAAUGGGGAUUUUGCAGAAAAUAAUGAUAGAACAAUUCACCUUGAAAUUAGAUUAUAUCCAAUUAAACCAGGAUCUUUUAAGUUAGAACUUCCAGUUUGCUUAACAUUUCCUGAAGAUUUAAACAGUGAACAAAGUCCGAAAUCCAAUUCUUCACUUUAUAAAACACUUCAAAUUCAUAUUGAAUUAAAAAAAUUGGAGUUGAAAUUUGAACCAGAAAGAAUAUUAAUACCACCCAUUCCAACUGGAAUAAAUGUUAGAAUACCAGUCAAACUGACAGCUUAUCAAAUGAAUCAACCAAUUAAAAUAUUUGGAUUUUGGAAUUUUACACCAGCAUGUGAAGCUCAAUUAAUUAAUGAAGAAAAUAUCCAAUGCCCAUUUAAUAUUGAAUACCCGGAAGGUCAAAUUCUGAAGCCAUAUUGUAACUCAUCAUUUCCUGAUACAGGAAGUUUAAAUUUAUGUGUUAAUUUUAAUUGUAAAUUAAAUGGUCUUAUUCUAGCACCCAAUCCAAGACCAUUAUGUUUAAUCAUAAUUGCAAUCAUCGAUAAUUGUGAUAAUAAUGAAGCAUGUUACUCAUCAAACAAAAGUCAAAGAGAUCAUUUUUUAUCAUCAUAUGUUUGUUCAGCUGCCUUACCUGUUAGUGCAGCUGUUGACAAUUGUCUGAUCAGUUGGUUUGAUUAUAUAACACGUCGACCAAAUGAGUUUAGACUUACUGAUUAUCAAUAUCUUAGAAAUAAACUGAAAGAAAUAAAACAGAAUCGAGACCUAGAUAUUAUUUCACUAUAUCACUUAUUUGAUGAAUUAAAGCUUUCACAGAAAGAAUGCUUAAACUUAGAGAAUAUGUCUUCUGAUCAAAGCUCUUCAAUAGGAAGUAAUACAUAUUGGAAGGCCGAUCAAUAUUGUUUAAACGGUAUCAGAAAUACACGAAAUAACAUUUUUGAUAUUUCAGAAAGUCCAUUUAUUCAUCGAGAUCAUUCAAAAGACUUUGAAGAUAACAAUGAGAUGAGAAUAUCCCCAUCCACAAUUUCUUCAACAAUAACAAAUUCUUAUGGAUCAUGUUUAUUUCUACCAGAUUGGCAAUUAAUUGAUCGAACAGCAACAGAACAAGUACAACGUUGGUUAAGUGUUCAUGGAUUUCCAAAAAGUCGUUAUCAAUUUAAGUUUCCAGAUGAUUUUAGAAAUUGUAUAUCACUGACAAUUACAAUAUUGAAUAAAUCAUUAUUGGGUGAAAAACAAAAAUCUUAUCCUGUAUCUCAACAGAAUACAACAAUAAAAGAAUCUAGUCAAACUAGUAUGAAACAUGAACUAAACAAUAAUAAAUUGAAUAUUGAUAAUAUAAAUGAAACAGUACCAUGUAGUAUUAAUCCGUUGUAUAAUUGUUUAUUACAUCUUUGUGGUAAUAAACAACCACCUGGUCUAUUGCCUACAAUUAAUUUACCAAUAAAUAAUCCUUAUGAAGCUUUGUCAAUUGUUUAUUUUUAUUGUUCUGCAUUGUUAACAUUUGCACGAAGUCAAGGUAGUUGUCUACCUCAUAUCUUACCAGAACAUUUAAUGGAACCGAAUGAUUAUCAUUUAUGGCAUAAAUAUGGAUGUCCAGGUUUAACAGAAUCUGCACGUACAGUGUAUACAUCAUUACCUCAAGAGAAUAAUAUCAUAACAGUCACAGAUUGGAUGAAACCACAAAAAAUCAAAAGUGAUAAUCAAUCAAAUGAUGAUUUCAUAAAAAUAGAUUUAAGUCCAUUAAGGGAAUCUGAACUAGAUCGAUUUUUAAUAAUAUCAGAAAGAGCUUGGACAGAUUUACUAAUACAACUUAUUAAAUGUUUUCUAUUUAACCAUAUAACCAUCAAUUCACUGGAUACAAUUAACUUACCACCAAAAGAUCUUUUAUUACAUAAAACAAGUGAAUCAAUAUCAUCAACGCCAACAGUUUCACAACAAUUUUCAUCACAAAAUGAAUCAAAUAAAUCAGAUCAAGUAAUUAAACACACAAUUCGAUUAUCAGAUCAAAGAGACAAUGUACAGAAAACAAAGUUAACAAAUUCCAAUGAAAUUCAAAUGAACAACUGUUACUCAUCAUGUGAACGUAUCAUAUUGACUUGGCUAAAUUAUUGUUAUCAUCAGUAUGCAUAUCAAAUAUGGCCUGAAAAGAAAUCCGUAUCUACAAAUAAUGAUCUGAUAGUUACUAAUUUUGAUGAUGAUUUAUGUGAUGGAAUUAUAUUAGCAUGUGCUAUCGGUGCAUAUGUGCCUUGUCUUAUUCCUAAUUACUUUUCCAAAAUCUACACACAACCUAAUUCAGAUGAACAGUGUUUUCAUAACGCGAUCAUUUUAGUUCAAGCAUUAAGAAUGAUUCAUUUUGAAUUUGAUUUGUGUCCAUCUGAUAUAACAAGUCCACAUCCAUUCGGUAUGGCGUUAUUAUGUUUACAUUUAUUUUGUCAGUUGCCGGAUUAUUUACCAAGACAAACAAUAAAUUUUACAGAAGCGGUAUUUUUAGCAGUUUCUCAACGUCAAAAUGCAUUACAAGGUAAAACGGUAUCAUUUAUACUUUCGGGAAUUGUUGGUGGACUUGAUACAUUACCAACUAAAAUUAUUAAAUCACCUUGUUAUCAAAUGACAGAAUUUAAAAUACCAAUUAUAAAUCCAUACAAAUUAAAUGGUACAUUUAAUAUUCAGAUAAUUGAAAGUUGUAAUGAUUUAUUCAAUGCACUAUGUCAAACACAAGGUUUAAAUGUAAAGAAAAAAGAAUUAACUUCAGGGAAUUUAUUAUCUACUGAAACAUACUCUGCAACAGAAAGUUCACUGGAUCAAUCAUCAUCAGAUAAUAGUCAAUUACCACCAGAAAUCAUGAAAGAAUACUAUCAAAGAAAUCAAUAUCAAUCAUUUCAUUGUCGUGAAAAUAUCAUUAAUCUUUGCGGAACUACCAGUGAUAAUUGGACAGAUUCACAUCUUAUAAAACAAUCAGAUAACAUAGUGAAAAUUAAACAAAAACAACAACAAACAACUGACGAAAAACAAAAUAUCAAAGAAUUAUCAAUUAUUUAUUUACCAUUAGGAUGGGGUACAAGAGAAUGUUGUUUAUUAUUAUCUAAUGAAAAAAUUGGUGAAUUUGUUAUCUUGUUAAAAGGUAUUGCUCAAUUACCACAACCAAGUUUAUUACCAUUUACUGAACAAAAAGAAAGAGGAUAUCGUAUUAAAUCUGCUGUUGCAGCUGCUUCUUUUGGACGAUCGGGUGAUCCAAAUGUUAUAUAUUUUCGAUGUCCAAUCAACUGUGAAAUAAAAGAAACAUUAUGGUUACCAGUAAAAAAUGAUUUACGUCGGACAGCAUUGUUAAAUGCUAUACACCUUCGACUUCCACCAUCAGAAUUAAAACGUCGUCAAUUAGCAAAUACACUUGAAUCAGAUGAAUUACUUGAGUUAGCUAAUAAAAAAUUAAUAUUACCUAAUUUUGAUCAAAAUUCAUCGGAGAAAAAGUUAAAACUUCAGAAAAGAUUACAUAUAUCUCGAUAUCUGAUAUAUAGUGUAGAAAUCGAUUCAAAUAUGAUCAAAGUCCCACAAAAAAUACAUGUGCCAAUUUCUAUGGAUAUAGAUUCUGAUUACACAUUUCCUCUUCCUCUCAAAAUCUUUGCUGAUAAACCCGGUUUAACGUCAGCUAAACUGGUAAUUCAAGGUCCAGAUGAUAUACGCCUUUAUCGUAUUGAAUGUGUAGCUUUACCUGGUAAUGAAAAAAUGGUUUUAACUUUCACAUCACCAUUAAAUCAUCCAAUUACUCAACCAAUACCAAUUGUUAAUAAAACAGCGUAUGAUUGGGAAUUAUCCUCACAGUUUAUUGGUAAUCCAAUAUGGUUUACUGGACCAUCCACCAUAAAUGUACCAUCAAAUACAACAGUUCAAUACUCCAUAACAUAUUUACCUAGAAGAGAAGCCGAAAGUCAAACCAAACUUGUUCUUUGA